UGUAUUGGCUCUCAGAGGGAAAAGUUCAAGAAUAACAGGUGAAAAUAGUGUUACUAAGAAUGGGAAAAUAGUGAAAAUUUUGUGAAAAGUAAAAAAAGAAAAGUUUUAAAAAUAUGAGCCUUUUACCAAAACGCAGAUCUCGCAGUGAAACGCGUGAUAAUGAAGUGCAUGUCAACAAAAACAACAGCAAUAAAAAUAAUAACAAUAAUCCCACAACUAAUCAGAAUAAUAUAAAAAAUCUAUGGGGAAAGGUCCAUCAAAAUGCCCAAUUCCCCCAAAUGGUGCUGAUGGGAAUGGGCAAACGUCGCACUUCGGCCGAAAUGAUAAGUGAAGCUAAAACAUUUUUGAGCGAUGUUGGCGGUGGUGGAGGUGGUGGUAGUAUAUCGAAUACCCAAAAUACCCAGCAGCAACAUCCUCAACCCACCACCAGUGUGGUCGGUGGAGUCCGGAUGGUGAGUACACGUCGUCCGGUGACACCCCGCGAGCCGGGCAGGGUGUUGUAUGGCAAAGUGACAAUGGCCGGCCGGCCACCCAGUUCCUUUUCUUUGCGUUAUUUGCGAAAUACGGACUCGCAGCCAGGUGGACCCACUCCAAGGACUCCCAAUCUAGAGCCCAUGGUAGAGGAUGGUAUGGGCAGUGAGUUAGGCGAAGGAAGACCUUUGAACAGAGAUCUAAAUGAUAAGAAAUCUCUACAACAACCACAGCAAAAUGUUAUGUUAGUUGCAAAAUCACUAGAAGGAGGUGGUAGCCCGAAGGAUACCAUUACACGCAGAGCUCAAUCACUUGAAUUACCCUGUGAUGAAGCUAAUAAACAAACAGCCAGCACAUUGUCUGGCAAAAAUUCCAACAACAACAAUACAAAUAAUUGCACUACCACCAAGCAAUUGCCAACAACAAUAGCUCCAACAAAUAGCAAGCCAUUGCCUCGUAAAUUACCGGCAUUGGAGGUAAAAGGGAAUACAAUGAAAAAGGAUAAUUUCCCCAAUUUUCGCAAUCAAUUGAGGGCUAAAACUGCAUAUUCCGAACAAUCGCAAUCGCAUAACAGAAAGGAUGAAAAUUCCAUUUUAUUGAUUGAUGAAAAUGGCGCAAAUAAUCGAGCCAUAACCCUUUUGGAAACUCGCAAAAUUCUGACACGUUCCAAUGAUUUGUUGGGCCAAUCAUCCACAGAAAAGUUGAUCGAUAUGCUAAAGGAGCAUGCUGGCUUAAAGGAUUGCACAGAGGAAACGGCCAAUCAUAUAAACUCGAUUUUAACAGAACUUUACAAUCGAGUGCACAAAAAUGAAGAUAACUUCAAAAAGGGAUUUAUACUAGGUGGUCUUUAUGGUUUGGUAGAAUGCAAUUCCUCAAAAAUACUAUUAGCCGUAGCCCGUGUAGUAUUGGCGCUACGAGUUUCGGGCAGCAAUUUAACAGGAGCCUGCAAAUUGAUAUUCAAAGUGGCACGCAAUGAGCAAAAUGAUUACUUGUUCCAUGAAAAUGAUAUACUCGAACUGUUAAUCGAUGGUUUGGGUCGUGCCAGUCCUCUGGAAGAUCCCGAAGCUUGCAUCUAUGGUUAUGGUUCCAUACGUUUUCUCACCUGCAGCACAAAUCAAGAGAGAGCCGAAUUAACCGCCAUAAAAGAUCUCAAUCGCAAUUGGUCUGAGCAGGUGGAACUGCCACGCAAACCCAAUACAGCUCCCAAUUUGGGAGAAUAUCCAAAAAUUUCCUAUGAGAAAACCAAAACUGAAUAUGUCCAAAAAAUAUCGAAGCAAGAUGCUUUGGUAUUGAGAUUAUCCCGCCAUGGAGCAGUACAAUUGAUGAUUCUACAUUUGCAAAUGCUUAAUGAAGCAGGAGCUACGCGUAAACUGGAAGGUCCUCCCUUACAUUCAUUAUAUCAGCUAUCGGCAGCAUUGCGCACAUUGGCUGAUGUGCGUAAGUUCAUAUCUUCGUUGGAAAAUUUGGAUGUUACACGACCGCAUUUCGAUAAUACCAGCAUACACUUGGAAUUGGCUUGUCCACAUUUGAUAAAGGCAGCUGAAGUAACCAUAGGAGAGGUGGAGGUGCAGGCAAAUAUAAUUAGGACAUUAAGUGUUCUUUCUGAAGACUGGGAUUGUUGUCAUGCCAUGGAAAAGUUUGCGCCACGCAUUGGUAUGCUUUUGGGACCCUGUUGUACAGAUCAUAAUACCAGCAAUGCCGAGAAACUUUUGUCCAUUAUAAGUCGUUUGGGUUAUAUAUUGGGUAAUAUAAUGACCAAUUAUGAUUUGGCCCGAAUACAGUUCUUUCACAAUGAUGUGGCUAUGGAGUAUCUGCUCAACGUUUUGGAAAACUAUUCCAAGGAACCUUUAACUUUACAUAAUUCCUUGGGCGAUACUGUUUUGGAUGUGCUCAUCAAAAUGAUUCGAGUAUUGGCUAACAUGAGCGUCGAUUCCGAAGUGGGCCAUGGUCUGGGUGAUACUCGAUCCUUGGGUGCUAUAUUAUUGGAAAUAUUAAAGACCACCCAGCAACUUAAAAGCAUUAAAAUGAAACAAGAGCUUCAAGAAUUAUGUCAUGCCACCUUGGGUGCCCUACACAAUCUAUGUUUCUAUCAAGAUCAAAUUACCACCACUCCAUCCUCGGUCCAAGAAGCCCAAGGAAGUUUACGCAGCGUCUUACCCGAUUUGGCCACACAAUUAUGUGGGGUUUUGAAAAACGCUCAAGAUGAAUUAUCUCAAGUGGAAGCCGCUCGUGUUUUGGGCAACUUAACUAGAAAUGAAAAUGCCCGCAAAUAUUUUUGCCGAGCCAAGGGCCUUAAGUUGGUGGUUAAAAUCCUGAGCAAUCCACAGACCAAAGAAAUUCAUGAUCUUCAAGCUUGUACAAUAGGCAUAUUGGUGAAUUUGCUGGGCGACAUAGAUAAUCGCAUGCCAUUCAUACAAUUGAAAGGUCCACAAUUUCUAUUGGAGUUACUGAUUGAUGCUCUCAAACAGAAUGAAGAUUGGUUUAUGGGCACCAUUAUAUGUCAGGCCUAUUGGAAUCUAUUCAUUGACACCGCUCAUCUGGAGGAUGUAUGCGAUGAUACCACCUUGGAUGAUUUAAUCGAUUUAUUGAGUGAAUAUUUGGAUGACGACAAACUUCUGCAAAUGGAUCAAAUGUUUAGUCAGCAUCAAGUUUGGGAAGAUUUCACCAUGGUCUCCUCAUAUCUAUUGGAUCAUUUGCAAUCACACUAUGGCCAGCAAAGUGAAGGCUUACAAUCCGAAGGAGCCAGUGAUCUAGAAAAUGAUGAAGAUGAUGUUUACAUAGAUGGCAUCUAAGAAAAAUAUAGUAAACAAAUGUUAACAACAGUAGCAGAAGAAAAUAAACAAAUAUAUGUCUCAUUUCAAGAGGCAAAAGAAUACACAUUUUGCUUGGGAAAUGGCAAA